UUUACAUAUGAUAUUUUUAUGCAAUUUAUUUUUUAAAAAAUAAAUCGAAUAGAAAUGGCAGUGACAGCAAAUUCUGUCAGACAACAACUUAUUAAUAUUGCCAAUUCUGCAGGUUCUCAUAAAGACCAAGCCGAUAAAUACCGGAGUACUCUUGAAUCGAUAUUAACGAGUUCAGGAAGUGAACUUAUUGAGGCUUUGCAAGUGUUUAUUGAAGCAAUUGUAAACGAGAAUGUGAGUUUAGUUAUUUCACGGCAAAUUUUAACCGAUGUUAGUACACAGUUAACAAAUCUACCAGAUAAUGAAUCGAAAGUUGUAUCACAUUAUACGUUGGAUAAAGUUCAACCACGGGUUAUUUCAUUUGAGGAACAGGUGGCUAGUAUUCGACAACAUUUAGCUAAUAUUUAUGAACGGAAUCAAUGUUGGAAAGAAGCUGCAAAUGUUCUGGUUGGAAUACCUUUGGAGACAGGCCAAAAACAAUAUUCCGUGGAUUAUAAAUUAGACACUUACUUAAAAAUCGCCCGUCUAUAUUUAGAAGACGAUGAUCCAGUUCAAGCGGAAGCAUUCAUAAAUCGUGCAUCACUUCUUCAAGCCGAAUCAAAAAAUGAACAACUCCAAAUAUAUUACAAAGUAUGCUAUGCUCGUGUACUAGAUUAUCGUCGAAAAUUCAUUGAAGCCGCUCAAAGAUACAAUGAGUUAUCGUAUCGAGUCAUCAUACACGAAGAUGAACGAUUAACCGCUUUACGUAACGCCCUUAUCUGUACGGUAUUAGCAUCGGCUGGACAACAACGAAGCCGUAUGUUAGCGACACUUUUCAAAGACGAACGUUGUCAACAAUUACCAGCGUAUUCCAUCCUAGAGAAAAUGUAUUUGGAUCGUAUUAUUCGUAAAUCUGAGCUACAAGAAUUUGAAGCUUUACUUCAACCACAUCAAAAAGCUUGUACAAUUGAUGGUUCCACAAUUUUGGAUCGGGCUAUUAUUGAACAUAAUUUAUUAUCGGCCAGCAAAUUGUAUAAUAAUAUUACGUUUGAAGAGCUUGGUGCUUUAUUGGAGAUACCGCCAAUUAAAGCUGAGAAAAUUGCAUCACAAAUGAUUACAGAAUCUCGAAUGAAUGGUUAUAUUGAUCAGAUUGAUUCGAUUGUUCAUUUUGAAACUAGAGAAGUUUUACCUCAAUGGGAUAAACAAAUACAAUCAUUAUGCUAUCAAGUCAACUCAAUUAUCGAGAAAAUAUCAAAUUCAGAGCCAGAAUGGAUUUCAAAAGUGAUGGAAAAUGAAAUGGUUCAUUAAAUAUAAUUCAUGUUUUUUGCUCAUAAAUAAUUUUUUUGUAUUAAUUUUGUUCGAUUAAUAAACACAAUACUUAUCACA